GCAGUAAACAUGGACGCAGUUCUAUAGCAACUCAGAGCCUAACAUUUUCCUUCAUUAUCUUGACAAUAGCAUUGACCAUAACCUCUAGAACUCAAAAUGGCUGAUUAUAUUUUAUAAUUUUUUGAUGGGAUUCAAAUAUUGGUCGAAUUAAGGAUUUUGUUUCGUUGCCUCGCGCGAACCUGGAAUUUCGAUGGAAUUGCAUUGACCCAUGAUUCGUAUUUUGUGAUUUCCAACGGAUUGUGGUUCGUAUUUCACCAAGUGUUUAUUUAUCUUGGAGUUAUUGGAAUUCAACAGUGGAUGAAGCAAGAGAACUGAGGCCUCCCUUCUCACAAAGACGACAAAAUGAUGGCAACACGAAAUCCGAAGGUCGGUCCUAAGCGAAAACCUUCGAAGCCGCAAGCAAGGGCCUCCACGUUAUCCAAGGAACAAGCAUGGACAGACACAGAUGACACAGAGGGAACUAAGGAAUCUGGAGAGUCUUCAGAUCAAACCAAAGACACAACUCCAGGAGAACUACAGAAAGGAAGCUUGAUAUCUGUCAGGGAAGCAGAUGAAGCUAACAAGGGCGAUGAGGCCAAUGAUGAAAUUAAUCAGUCAGAAAUGAAUGGUGUUCAUGAGGCGCCACAGACAACUGACACAGAGGUUCCUCAAACAACGGACACUGAAGGAGUAAAUGGAACUGAGACAGAUUCUCUUGGAAGUAUGGAAAGCGGUGCAAGACGGAGAGUUAAAAGAAACGCAGUUGUACCUACAGAUGGUGAAGACAGUGGUCGGCAAACCCCUGAUGUUGAAUCUAGAAAAGAUGCAUGGAGUAUUGCUGAAACUGAUGCUGAUGUUGAAUCCAAUGCUGCUUCAAGCCGACCAAGCUCAGCUCACCACAGGGCAAGACAGCGUCCUGCUACUGCAGUGGCAAGACAACCAAUCCCUGUUGCAUCUGUAGAGAGACCAAUGACAGCACCACCCAUUGAUUACCGUUCUCCAGCAAGACCUGGGACAAGUGGAAGCUCACGACCUAAAUCAACAGGUUCCCGCCCAAGAUCAAGAGCUGAAGAAGGACUAAAUCGCCCUGCAUCCUCAACUUCAGGAGCAUUGGCAAUAACUGAUGGGGGAAUUAUGGCCUGGGAAGAACCAUCGCCAGAUUCUAGUGAAGGGAUUAGAGAUAGAGAAAGCUCCUCAAGUCGAAGCAGUGAUCUUCUAGCACCUCCUCAGUUACAAGGAGAACAGAAUGCUUAUAUUCCUUACAUCUAUGCAAAAGACUGUAUUCAAAGGGUAAUGGAUGAUAUGAAGAAGAUGAAAAGCAGUCAUGUGAAGGUUGUUGAUCAGAUUCAAGAUCAAUACAAAUCACUUGAGGAUGAUAUCCAGGCUAAAUUCAACACUUUUGUUCUUAACUUGCGCAAUGAAUACUCCAACAAAGUCACCACUUUCCGACAAGUUAUAACCAUUCAUCGCGAGGAUUCAUUCCGUACUAACACUUAUUGGCAAGACACAGUGAAGAGCCUCCAAAACAAGAACCAGGUUCUGCUAAAUGAAAAGCGACAACUUCUUAUUAAAAACAGGGAAGAAUUUGCCAAGCUUGAACAAGACAAGGUAACAGCCAUGAGAGAUUUAACCAGGAUGCUGGAUGAACGACAUGCUAAAUACACCUUGUUGUUGGCAGAUUUUAAAGGUGAACAAGAAAAAGUGAGAGAACUUGAGGAAAAGUUGAAAGCUUUAGAGAAACAAGGUUUGAAACAACAGGAACAGAAUCAAACUUCCCAUGAAGAAGAAAUCCGAGCGUUAAAAGCAAAACAUGAAGAGGAAGUUAAUGAGUUAAAACAAAAGUUAGAACUUGUUGAAAAAGAAAAACAGGAGAAAGAUGAAGUACAUCAGAAGGAGUUAAAAGAAAAAGAAGAAGAGGAAACAAAGAAAAUAAAUGAGUUAACAGAGAAACACACAAGUGAAGUAAAUACACUGAAGGCUGAAAUUCAGAAACUUCAAGAAGAGAUUGAUGCUCUAAAGGCAGGUGGAGCAACAGUUGGAACAACUACUGUGAUAACAACAACGGCAGUAACAUCAGAAGCUGCUGAACCACAGACAACACUAAUACCAAAAGAAGAGAGACAAGAAGAGGUGAAAGAACAACCAGAAGUAGUGGUUACAGAGCAAGUUGCUCCAGUAGCUGCUACUGCUGGUGCUGCUACUGUCACAGUGUUGGACAAUGCUGAAAAGGAGCGGCUUACUCAAGAGAUUGCAAAACUUCAAGAAGAGAUAGAAAAGAACAAAACAGAAGCAGCCAAGAAUAAAGAGGAACUUGAGAAAGAAAAAGAAAGGAUCUUGAAUCUGGAAGAGGAAGUCAGCCAUCUUGGCAAGGAAAAAACAAGAUUUGAAAAACAAGCAACAGACAAUAAACAGGAGCUUCGUGAAACCAGACAGCAAUGCACAGCUCUGCGAGAGCAGCUUCAGGGCUUGCUGGCUGCCACAGCAGCAGCAGGGCAGGUGGACGAUAAAGAAACUGAGGACAAGCUGAAAGCUGCUGAGGAUGAGAAGCAGGCUUUAGUGGAUGAACAAAACAAGAUGAAAGAAGAGUUUGAGAAGUGGAAAGAGCAAUAUCGACAAGAUCACGAAGGGGAGGAACCAACUGAAGACGACAGGAGUGAGGAAGUCCAAGCCAUGAUGGAGAAACUAAAGCAGGAGGAAGAGAAACUUAAAAAAGCUGAAAAUACAAUUGCCGUUAUGACAAUGCUGAAGGAAGGCACUGUUCCUGAAACUGUUUCCACUGCAGGCAUUGCUGAUAGCAGUAGUAGGGUCGAAGAACUUGAAGAGAGAAUCAGCCAGCUUGAGGCAGCUAGAGAUGAACUGGAAGUAUCAGUUGAGAAGUUAACAAAAGAAAAAGAAGCUCUGGAAGAGAAGGUCUCUGAACAUGAGGAAAAAAACAAGGGGCUGACAGAGAAGAAUGCAGAGCUAGAAGAGAAGGUUAAAGACCUGGAGAAGGAGGUUGAGGAGCUGAGAAAUGAGUUGGAUGAGAUUGGAGAUGGGGUUCCUGUGGUGUCUUCUUUUUCUAGUGAUGGACAAGAUGUAGAGGGAAUGUCAAGCAAGCUUGCUGAAUUAGAAGAAGAAUUGGCAAAAGCAACUAGUGACUUAGAGCAAGAAAAGGCUACAACAUCAGCUCAAAUAGAAGAGAUUGAGGCACUCAAGAAGGAGCUGGCAAGUUUAAAAGAAGGGUCUUCUGGUGAAGUGGAUGAAUUAAGAGUACAGCUAGCAUCCACAAAGGAAAUUUUAGAAGCUGACAUGAAACAAAAAGAAGAAGCUCUUGCAGAGGCAAAGAAGAGAAUUGAAGAACUAGAGAGGAAGCUCUUAGAAAAUGUUCCCAUUGACACAGCCAAAGAAAUUGGUGCUUAUCAGGAGAAAAUGGCUGUUCUUGAAAAGGACAAAGAAAAAGCUGUGAAGGAAAGUGUGACACUCAAGGCAUCAGUGACAACCCUAACAGCUAAAGUGGAAACAUUGAACAAGAAUAUUGCACAACAGAAAGAGACAGAAAAGCAGUUGCAGGAUGCAAACAAAAAGAUACGUGCUGACAGGGUAAAAGAACUGAAGGAUGCCAAAGACCAGGCUGAAGCAAAAUCCAAGAAACAAAUAGACGAAAACAACAAGAAAAUACAAGCUCUUCAGAAGAGGAUUAAAGAACUUGAAGCAGGUGGAACAAAACCUCAAGAUUCAAAGAUUGAUACUGGUUUAGGUGCCAAAAGAAAGGACUCAAGAGCAGCUGCUGACUUAGAAAAAGUAAGCAAAGAAAAGGAGAAACUACAGGCACAAGUUGAAGCAUUGAAGAAGGCUGCACAUGAGGAUCACAGUAAAAUCAAACAGCUUGAAAAAGAUGUUAAGGAAGCUCAGUCAAAGGCCAAGCCAGCUGGUCCUUCUGCUGAAGAGAGAGCUGCUGCCAAGAAGCAGGACAAGCAACUUAAAGACUUGCAGAAAAACCUGGACACGGAGAAAAGGAAGUUUGAGAAAGUUAAAGAAACUCUAACUAAAACUGAAGAAGAGUUGAAAGAUCUCAAGAAGGAACACGAUGCUCUUGUAGCAGAUAGCAGAAAAGACAAGGAUACUCUCUCUAAAUUGGAAGUGGCUGCUCAGGAAGGCCUUGCUGCUCAAGAGAAGGUGGAUGAUCUGACCAAAGAAGUGAAGGCUCUUAGAGAAGAGAACAAAAGUCUUUCAGAUAAUUACAACAGUGAAAGAAUUUUGCGUAAGAAGUAUUACAACAUGGUAGAAGAUAUGAAAGGCAAGAUCAGGGUGUACUGCAGGGCCAGGCCUCUAAGUGGAUCAGAGAAAGAAAGGGGUAAUUAUUCAGUGAUCAAGUCUCCAGAUGAGUACACUGUUGUGGUGGAAACACCUCGUGGUCCAAAGGACUUUCAAUAUGAUCAAGUGUUCACUCCUGAUCAUGGGCAGGAGAAAGUCUUUGAGGACACCAAUAAUCUUAUCCAAUCAGCUGUGGAUGGUUACAAUGUGUGCAUCUUUGCUUAUGGGCAAACAGGCUCUGGCAAAACUUACACGAUGAUUGGAGACAAGGAACUGAAAUCGCCCGGCAUUGCUCCACGCGCUAUGACAGCCAUCUUUAGUUUGAUGGAUGAACAAAAGUCCAAAUUCUCCUUUAGAGUUCACUGUUACAUGUUGGAGUUGUAUAAUGACAGACUUAUUGAUUUAUUGGCUCCACAUGGAAAAGAUCCUGCGAAACUUGACAUCAAAAAAGACAAAAAGGGUUUCGUGUUCGUCCAGGGAUCUGUAAUGAUGGAGGCAGCGACCAAGGAUGAACUUUGGGAAAUAUUUGAAAAGGGCUCGGAAAACAGACACGUUGCCUCGACGAAAAUGAAUGCCGAGAGCUCGCGGUCUCAUCUUAUUCUUGGAAUUGUUAUCGAAAGUACCAAUUUAACUUCUGGUGCCGUAGUGAAAGGCAAGAUAAGUUUGGUCGAUUUGGCAGGCUCUGAACGUGCUGCUAAAACUGGUGCAACCGCUGAACAACUUAAGGAAGCCCAAUCCAUCAAUAAGAGUUUGAGUGCCUUGGGAGACGUGAUCUCGGCUCUGUCUAGCGAACAGCAGUUCAUUCCGUACAGGAAUAACAAGUUAACUAUGCUUAUGCAGGACUCGCUUGGUGGUAACGCAAAAACUCUUAUGUUUGUGAACAUUUCACCAGCGGACUAUAACACAGAUGAAACCGUGACGUCGCUUACGUACGCGUCUCGAGUGAAACUCAUCACUAACGAUGCUCAGAAGAACUCGGAAAACAAAGAAAUCAACAGAUUAAAGGCGAUUAUCGCCAAGCUGAAGAAAGGAGAAUCAGUGGAUGAUGCUGAUAUUGAAGAAUAAUCUUGCCGGGACUGAGGUGCGGACUCACUUUCCUUGGGAAUUUCAGAACUGCUGAAGACUAUCCGGAGUGCAAUAGUUCUGCCUCCAAGUGGCAUGAAAUUAAGCGCUGAUUCUGUGUUAGAUAUUUUCUUGGCAGGAUUUUUUAAUCGUAGAGACUGUAAAUAGUUUUUGUACAAAACGUAGAACGUUUCCAAAGAUGCGCUAUUUUUUUUACGAACUGUAUAAAGAGUUUCAUACUAUUUAAUAUUUAUUUUUUGGCGUUUAUCAAGCUGACGUUAUCUAUCCAACGUCUUAACAUAAGAAUUGCUGGAAACUUUAAAGAUGUCUGAAAUUAGACUUCUCAAAUCGUGGAGGAAAAGUAAUACUGAGUUCACAUGCCAACUGGAAUUAACUCUAGUUUUUUCGAUGCGACUCUUCAGCGACUGAAAUAGUCAACUUUUAUAUACCAAAAGCACAGUACUCUUGAUAAUUUCUCAGCAUUGCGCAAGUUCUAGGGUUGCUAGUGUCACGCGAUGGAACUUCAGUCGAAUUUUGCAUCAAGACUGCUGCCAUCAGUUCACCUUAAUUCUACGUCUUUCUUAGCUAAAGCUGUUAACUGGAUCACCCGAUAAUUGUAGUUUCAGAAUGUAGUUCCAGAUCAAAAUCACUUGCCUAAGAGAAUCCUCUUUUUCCCUUAUCGCGUAAUUGCGUGACCAUCCUAAGACAGAUUCGCGCAUGAAAGACUGUUUCGUAGGUUUCUGAGUCGUGUAUUACUAGACUCUUAUUAAUGUACUAAAACUGACUAAACCAUGACUUCAAAUAGUAUUUAAACGUGAUCAAAGUGAUCACGGUUCCCUUAUCACCCUCAUAGUUCAAAUACUGAUAAGUACACACCUUACUAAUUAAAGGUUAGAAUUUACCGGCAUGUUAAGUGAUUAAAGCAUGUCGGAAAUAUUUAUUAAUGCGAAAGGUAUGUAACUCACACGUACGCUAACAUGCCAAUAAAUCUGAUAUUUUGAUUAGC